AUGUCUGAAGUUUCUGCCUUUAUUGUAGUGCUCUGUACGCUCCUCUGCACUGGACACGCUCAAGAUGCUGGGCUAACUAUUGAACCCAACUGGUCCAGUUUUUUCAUUGGAGAGUUUGUUACCUUCAUGUGUGACAUGAAUGAAGGAGCAGACACUGACUGGGAAUACAAACUCAACAAGGAUGGUCAAGAAUUCAUCCCCUACAACACAAAAAAAGACUACAGAUUACCAAUAACAUCUAUUAAUUACAGUGGUGAAUAUCAGUGUUCUGGUCACAGGAAGAACUCAUCUAACACAAAGAGCAGUAACACUGUCUCUGUAACUGUAUCAGGUAAACCCAGGGCCACACUGACACCAGGAACAACAAUCAUACCAGUAGGGGGCAGUGUGACACUGACCUGCUCUGUGGGGAGAUCUGCUAAGUGGAAAUAUGAGUGGUUCAGACGCACCCAAAACAACACUGAAGUUCAAAUCAGAAGAGAUGAUCAACAGAACAGAGUUUUCAGAGUAUCUCAAGGAGGAAUCUACCGCUGCAGAGGAAGAAGAGGAAACCCAGUUUACUACACUGAUAAAACUGAUGAAGUCAGCAUUGAGAUAACCUUUUCCAAUAAAGUUGCUGUAAAACAACAACACAACUGGACUCAGAUAUUCAGGGGUGAGAUGAUCACUCUGACAUGUGAGGUGGAGGAAGGAGGAGAACCCACCGAGUGGGAGUAUCAGUGGAAAGUUCCCUGGCGAAUCACACAGUGGACACACUUUAAUCUCUGGAGAUUCAGAGUUUCUGAGUCCAGCAGAGGAGACUACACGUGUAAGAGUCGACUCAGAGAUGACUCAUAUUCUUCAACAGAGUGGAGUGAAGCCUUCACACUGUCAGCAUCAAAUAAACCCAGGGCCACACUGACUGCAGAAAUAACAAUCAUACCAGUAGGGGGCAGUGUGAUACUGACCUGCUCUGUGGGGAGCUCUGCUAAGUGGAAAUAUGAGUGGUUCAGACGCACUCAAAACACUAAUGAGGUUCAAAUCAGAAAAGAUGAUCAACCAAACAAAGUUAUCAGAGUAUCUCAAGGAGGAAUCUACAGCUGCAGAGGAAGAAGAGGAAACCCAGUUUACUACACUGACAUAAGUGAUGAAGUCAGCAUUGAGAUAACCUCUUCCAGUAAAGUUUUUAUAAAACAACAACACAACUGGCCUCAGAUAUUCAUUGGUGAGACGAUCACUCUGACAUGUGAGGUGCAGGAAGGAGGAGAACCCACCGAGUGGGAGUAUGAAUGGAAAGUACACGACCAACCCACACAAUGGACACACUUCAGUUACUGGAAAUUCAGAGUUUCUGAUUCCAUCAGUACAGACUACAGGUGUAAGAGUCGAAGGAGAGAUGACUCAUAUUCUUCAACAGAGUGGAGUGAAGCCUUCACACUGACAGUGUCAACUGUGGCUGUUUCUGAAAGCUCUUUACUUCCUGUUGUGGUGAUCAUUGGACUCAUUUCUGGAAUCAUAUUUAUUUUCCUUCUGCUCUUGUUCUAUGCUGCAGAAGUCAAAAGGUACUCUGCUGACAUGUUCUGGCCAUCCAGUCUGUAUGAACUUCGUGAUGGACUGCAGAUAGGCAUCUGCUGCACUCGCCACUCUGAUAUUGUCUAUUUUGCUGCUAUCACCGGGAUCCCUCCCAUGAUGCUGGGGGUGUAG